GUAUAAAGAACAUGGUUUAUCCUUCAUUUUGUAAAAAAAAAAUGAUUUGCCCUUCAUACACAACAAUACAAUUAUCUAAAGCUAUAUAUAAGUGAUCAUAGACAGACACAUGUUCAAUCUCCAAGUAGUACAUAAUUUAGUCUCUAAUUUCUAAAACUCGUCAGUGCAAUAGUAUAAUGGACAACUUCGAAGAUGCUACAGAGCCAGUGAGUCCUAGUGGACGAUUCUUCAACACCACGGUGCUAUGUGCGUAUGUUUUUGGCUUCUUAGAAUCAGAAGUUCCAAUUGAAUUCUCUCAAGCCAAGUAUUUGUUCGAAGAUGUCUUUCUACCCGUCAAUCCACACUUUUCUUCCAUAAUGGUGAGAGAUGAAGAAGGAGAAAUGAAAUGGAAAAGGGUAGAGGUGAAGUUCGAAGAUCACGUAAAGAUUCCAACGUUCCCCGAAAACGAGUCACUAGAAUUGUAUGACCAAUAUUUUGAUGACUAUGUGACAAAGAUAUUAAUGGAAAGGACACCACAAGAUAAACCACUUUGGGAAAUUCAUGUGAUCAAAUACCCUACAAGCAAUGCUGCUGGCACCUUAAUAUUCAAACUUCACCAUGCACUUGGAGAUGGUUACUCCCUAGUGGGUGCUCUUCUCUCUUGUCUUCAGAGAGCUGAUGACCCUUCUCUUCCUCUUUCGUUUCCCUCCCGAAAAUCCUCGGCAUCUUCAUCUCCUUCCAAGAAGGGCUUCUUCAGGUUGUUCUCUUCAACUUUGUUCUCCUUUUUUAACUCUAUUUCGGAUUUUGGAUGGAGCAUAGUGAAAAGCUCAAUUGUUGAAGAUGAUGAGACACCCAUAAGGAGUGGUGAGGAAGGUGUUGAGUCUCUGCCUUGUGUGAUAUCAAACAUAUCCUUUGAUCUUGAUCAAGUGAAGAAAAUCAAGUCCAAGCUUGGAGUGACAGUAAACGAUGUAAUUACUGGGGCAAUUUUCUAUGGGAUUAGGCUGUACAUGCAAGAGAUUGACAAUAAGGCAGGCAAAGCAAAUUCCACAGGAUUGGUGAUGCUUAGUACUAGAAACAUUGGAAGUUACCAAUCAAUCCAAGAAAUGAUGAAGGCUGAUUCCAAAUCUCCUUGGGGGAAUCAUAUUUCUUUCUUGCACGUACCCAUACCUAAGCUAAGCCAAGCCAGCCUAUCCAACCCCCUUGAAUUUGUUUGGAAAGCCCAAAAAAUAAUCAAGAGGAAGAGAAAGUCUUUCACUGUUUUUCUCAUUGAAUGGCUUUUAGAUAUGGAGCUGAAAUUAAGAGGACACGAGGCCGUGGCUAAACAUAUCUAUGGGACACUAAGAAACUCAAGUGUUGUCGUAUCCAACUUGAUUGGACCAAUAGAACCUAUGGCUUUGGCAAAUCAUCCUGUGAAAGGCUUGUAUUUCACAAUGACUGGUGGACCCGAGAGUAUAAAUAUUGCAGUUAUAAGCUACACAAAAACGUUAAGAAUUACCUUAAAAACACAGAAAGGGUUUAUUGAUGAGAAGAAGUUCAAAUUCUGCGUGGUGAAAGCCUUUGAGGUCAUAUCCAAAGCAGCAAUGGAGAUACCCAACAAAAUCAGAGGUUAAAUGAUCUAAGAAUAAUUAAAGAGAUAGGGGUCGUCUAAGGGAGACUAUAUAUGCUUGGGAGUAUGUCCAAGUCAGUUUAAUUUCAUCAAUAAGUAGAGAUGGUGGAUUCUAAUUUUGUCAAGUGUUAGAAUGAAAUUUAAAAAAUCGGCCACUCAAGGCAAUAAUAAUAGCAUACAUAUCGUAUGUCCAUGUAAUUUCUUAGAACAGUGAUAUCUCCUCCCCGCAAAAGAAAUGAAGGAUCAAUGUUUUCCUUCUUUAGCUUUAUUUGAUAUAUACUAAGUCUAGUUGAAUUAUGGAUUUAAUAUCGCUUUUGGUAUAUUAGAUUUUAUAAUUGUUUCAA